UUUGAGUAAUAGUAUAGCUAUUUAUUUUUCUAGAUUGUUAUUAAAUAUUUUAUUUAUGUCAACUCCAAAGAAAUUGCGUUAUAGAAGCGAUAAAAGUGAAGAUUCUGAUGAAAAUUUUGAAUCUAAUGAGGAGGAUGAUAAAUUUGAGCCAGCGAUUGCUACAUCCAGCGGUCGUUUAGUUCGUCCAUCAUUGGGAAAUACUUCCAAAACUGGAAUAAACAAUGAAACUAACAAUAAAGAAGGCAAUGAUGUUAAUGUUCAGGUUCCAAUGAAGCGCCUUAGAAACCAUGAUAGUGAUAAAGAUUUUUCAAAAAUUGUCCGUUAUUUGACUGCUGUGCAACAAACACACAAUAAUUCUUUAAAUCUUUUAAAUGAGGAGGAAAUAAAGAAUGUGCAAUCUGGUAGACAAACAUUAUCACAAUUUUGUCAAUCUAGAAUGAAAACAAUUUGUUCCACUUCUCAAAAUAAACCAGAAUUUUCUUGUUGGAAAAGAAUUGACGAGUUGAGUCCUUCUUUAACUCGAUGGCUAGGCACACAUUCAAUUGGUUUGAUUAUUCAAGGUUCAGUCCCCAAUGGAAUUCAAUCUAUUGGGGAUGAUGAAAGUAUGGAAAAACCUGUUUCAAUUGAACGUCAACCUUUGCCUUUUAGAUUGCCUAGAAAAAGAGGAAGACCUCGAAAGGAUGAUUUAUCAAGAACCAAUAGACUUUUGGCAACUCCAUUAGCUGAACCAAUCGAGAGAAAUUCUUUAACUGUAAACGAGCAUUUACAAUCCUUGGUGUCUAAACAAAUAGAAGCAACUUCUUCAAUUAUCAAUCAAAUGAAAAAGGGUAAAGGACGUAGCACUAAUAAUUCGAUGUCUUCUGCUUUAAUUGAUGCAUCCAGUUCACUUCCAUCAACUUCAUUUGAUUCAACUAUUCAAAAAACACCCCAAACUCAAUUUAAAAACAAUAACAACUCAUUAAACCAAAAGUCACAACAAAAAUCCAAAUCAACAAAAAAUUCUUUUCAGAAAACAGUAAAAUUGGAGGUUGAAGAUUUCUCUCUUCCAACUGAAUUUACUCAUGGAAUUACUUUUCCUGUUUCAACAAAUACUCCACAUUUAUCUUCCAAUAAUGACAGAGCAAAAAAUCCUAAAGCAAAAGAAGCAUCAAAAAGAUCUCAUUCAUCCAAGGAAAUGCCCAGCACAACAACAUUAGAGGAAACUUCGUCUUCCUCCGCAACUACCGACAAACAAAAUCAAACUCAAAAAAUUCAAAAUGGUUCAAAAUCUUCACUUUUUAAGAGAAAAGAAGCAGGCAGAUCAAAUUCAAAAUCUGACACAAAUGGAGGAGUUGAUUUACCUGUUUCAAGUGUAAAACAAAUUAGUAUCCCUAUUUUCUCUGGUCAAACAUUUCCUUUUGAUUAUGAUGUAUCACCAGCUGUACAACGAUUUGUGAGCGUUCAAGUUGUCGAUAUUUACAAUAAUUUAUUACCAUCAAAACCAUCUUCAACAGAACAAACAACUACAACAUACAAUUCUUUAAUACCUGGCCAAAAUGGUUUAAAUUCAGUCUAUCAAAACAGAAUUGAUCAUCAAAAACUUAAACAAAUAAAAUCAAAUCGACAAUUUGUCCAAACAUUAUUUUGUGGUGGGCCGAUUGCUGCUAUUGCUGUUUGUCCGCAAGCUUUACCUGAUGGCAGAGAAUUAUUCGUAGUAGCAACAUUUGCUGAUGAAAAAUAUCUUGAUUGUACGCUCAUUGAAGACAGCCAUUCUUACCUUCAAAUAUGGACAACUAAUGCAAAAUUAACUUCUGAAACUCAAACAAACGAUUCAUCUCCAAAAUUGGCUUUUCUUCUUCGAAUUCCCAAUGCAAAACAAAUUUGUUCGGUUUCAUGGUGUCCAAAAUUAAUUAAAAAUGAAAUUAUUUCUAAUGGGAAAGAGAUGAAUUUUGAACAAUCUUUGGGACUUCUAGCUGUUGGUACAUCUAAUGGUCGCAUUCACAUUUACAGUUUUCCUUCUGAUUUGGAUUCUCUAAUAAAUACCCAUCAAUGUUCCUCGUCUACUUCAACUGAAAAUAAAACUCCACUUGUUCUCGAAUCAGUCCCUCUUCUUACACUUUGUCAUGCUCCUUUACGAAAUAUUAAAAUGGAAGCGAAAGAAGAAGGAAAUGUUAAAAGGAAUAGUGCGAUUUCUUCAUUAAAAGAAGGCCUUGAUUCAAUUCCUUUACUUAAAGUACAAUGGUCUCCUUUUGAUGGUUCUCGACAUAUUGCAGCAAUCUCUGCUUCAUGGUUUGUUUAUAUUUGGAGUAUUUUUGGCGAUUCAAAUGAAGUAACAUUACCUCUUUGGACUUUUCCAAAUGAUGGAUUAUUGUCACCUCCAAUGUCCAUUGGAUGGUUGGAGAAAGAUAAAAUUUGUGUCUCUUACCGAAAUCGACAAUUUAACGUCCACAAGCUUGAAAGUCCUAGUGACGAAACGUCAACAUAUUCAACUCGUCUCGUAUUAGAAUGUGAGUCAGCCAAAGGUUCAGGCAUCUUUUGCAAUACACGCCCAUUAAUUUUUUCUGGUGCUAUAACAUUUGAUUCAUAUUCUUUUAAUUAUUUGGGAACUCAACAACAGGCACUUUGUUAUUUAUCUUUACAACAAAAAAUUUCUGACAAUGAUGACAGGGUUAUUGAUUUCGUUAUGGCUGCAAAUUUGAGUAAUUGUCAUCAAAUUCGUAUAAAUUCUGCUUGUAUUUGUCCAAUUAGCGGAAUUUGUUCAUCCGUUGGAGCAGAUGGAAGAAUGUUUAGUUCAUUAAAUGGGCGUUUGGCCCCUAAAAAUGUAACUGAUAUAGACAAUUUUAUGCAUGGAAGGGCACUUCUUCAAUUAAUCUCUCAUCGAAAUACUCCAAUAAAUUAUGAAGACGAUAAUGCUGAAAAUAAGAGCACUUUUUGUUAUUCACACGUUGAUUGUUUGGCAGAAAAAUUUUUGGAAGUUAGACUUGGGGAUUGUGCUAUUUUGGAACAAAAAAAUGAACGUGUAAAUGGCCGUUCUUUCCCCGAAACAUGUGUUGAUCGUCGUUUAGAAUCUUUAACUGUAAUAGAUUGCAGUUAUAACACAGUGGGGCUUACAUUUUGUGGAGGUGACUCAGGCCUUGUUUUUAUUGUGCCAUGUACUCUUUAA